AUGAAUAUCAUUAGCACGGACAUGAACAUGGAUAACGCCGGAGACCUAAGCAAAGCCAUAGCAAGACAGAGUGGUCCACUAGUGCAAGAAGAAUGCAACCAAUUGGGAAGGCAGCCUCCUGGAACAGCGAAAAUGACCAGCGGAGGUAAUUUACGAGUGCCUCAUAUUAUUCACAUAAUUCCAGGCUCCUCAGAUAAGCACCAUCUCCAGCAAUGUUUGGAGGAGGGUCUUCGCGUUGCGGAUGCCAAUAAUCUUCAAGCAAUCUCAAUUCCGUGCAUUGGCACAGGAGGAUACGGCUUGAAUGGAGCGGAUUCAGCCCAGCUGACGUUCAAAGCACUAAACGCAUUCAGUACCUUAUGUAAAAAUAUUAAGAAAGUAAGAGCGGUUGUGUUCCAGGCCUCUAUGAUGCAGGAGUUUCUACAAGAGCAGAAGAAACAACCAGUACAAGGUAACGAAGGAGAUAGUGACUCAGGGAAUGUAGCAGCCGGGGAAACCAGAAGUCGCGGACGAAGGCAGGCAUUGGACCAAAGUGGUGAACAUUCUGUAAGCAUUUCUGUGAUUGGCAAAGACAAAGUGAGCGUGGGAAAAGCCGUGGAAUCCUUGAAGAGAGGUUUUUCUGACGCUUGUACAAUGGUAAAAGUCGAAAGUGACAACGUCAGUCAGCUUUCCGAUAAGCAGAAGGAUAUCCUGAGAAAAAAAGCUAAAGACCGAGACGUCAAACUUGAAAUUGAGGAUGACGUGGAUCGCAUUGUCGUUCGUGGUGGACCAACCGAAGUAUCUGGAAUGGUCGGGGAGAUCUGGAAAGAGAUCAACGAGAGGACGAAGAAGAAGCAGGAGGAAGAACAAGCGAAGUUGCUUUCAAAGAACGUAGAGUGGAGCUAUGAAAUAGGGGGCACAAAAGUGGCGUUUGCUCCGAAAGCAAAUGGCAAGAUUGAGUUGGCCCACAGCAAAGGCAAGCAAACCGUGCAAGUUUCUCUACGCGGAGACAAGUUUGUCAUCGACUUGAAGAUAAACUCUGGACGUGGAAAAAUGUCUGGUGAACGAAUAACACUGACAAGAAAGGUGAAGGGUGCUGAUGAAGGUUAGUUGCUAGACAUCUCUUUUGACGAGGAUGUUUCGAUAAGCUAUAAGAAAGGACUAAGAGCUAUCUCAUGUCCCAGAGGACGUUGAAGGUAAUAAACACGUAAUAAACGCAGAGGAUAUUCAGAAAAGCUGUUCAAAAAUGUCUCUCAUAAGCUUUAUUGUUGAUCUUGUCUGUGUCUUAUUUAAAAAAUAUACUCGGAUCUUGAAAUUUCACAUCACUCGUUGGGUUUUUUCUUCAACAUUCUAAUCAUUCGGUCCUUUUUGUAGGAAUUGCUCUACCAAAGCACUGGGCACCAAUGCCCGGCCAUCACUCUACUGUGCAUAAAGUACAACUGCUCCCAGGCUCCCCUGAGUAUCAAGAUGUCGCACGUAAGUUUCAAGCCACAGCUGGUACGUUUAAUAUUCAGAAGAUUGAACGCGUACAGAAUCCUCAUCUGUAUCAGUCUUACAUAUUACGAAAACAGCAAAUGGAUGAAGAUACGGGAGGAAAAAGUGAAAGACAGCUGUUUCAUGGGACUUAUGCUAAAAACAUCAACCAUAUCAACACACAAGGAUUCAACAGAAGCUUCUGUGGGGCACAUGGUAAGUCAUUGAAAUUUUAAAUAGAGGAGAAUUUUUAUCGUCUCGUCACGGGGGUGGGAUUAAAGAAAAAGCUUUCGAGUACUUAUGAGGAAUCGAACUUCAAACCUUCAGAUUUCCUCGUUCCAAAGCUCUACCACUGAGCUAGAGACUAUGAGUAACAGGGUUUUCACGUGGUUAAUAUGUGGUACGCCUUCCACAUACUUCAAGGAUAAUUAAUUAAAAAGGAGCAUUGAAGCAAUACUUUCAAGCUAUUAAUCUUGACCAGUUUAGGCAUCUACAUGUUCGACCAAGUCACCUAGACGUUGCAUGAGCACUGAAUCACUAAUUGGAGCUAUAAAUUGGUAAUAAAAGCUGUAAUAAUAGAAGAAGAGUACAGUUGCCUCUUUUAUAACAAAUUACUUCACUGAAUGCAACACAAUUUUGUUGAUAUGUUUUUCUCUAAAUUUAGCGUUUUUUUUUUCAGGCACGGCCUAUGGACUUGGUGUUUAUUUCGCUAGAGACGCUCGAUACUCUGUUAAUUACACUAGGGGUGUUGGCGAUGAAGGUCGCUACAUGUACCUUGCCAAAGUCCUCGUUGGGGAGUAUUGUGUUGGAAAUCCUUCAAUGAAGGUGCCUCCACCAAAAAGUCCAUCAAAACCUGAAAUUCUUUACGAUUCUGUAGUUAAUAACGAAUCAAGCCCCAGCAUCUUUGUUGUUUUCUUUGAUAAUCAGUGUUACCCUGAAUACCUUAUAACCUUUUCAUGA